AUGGCAAGAAUUGAACAUCUUCAAUUUCCGACUCUCAAAAUAACUGGCGAAAACUACGUCGGAUGCGUCACAAACGUGAAACCAUAUCUGGUGAUGAAAAAGUUAACCGAAACGAUUAUAAUCGGUAACAAAUCGCCGCCUGAACAUAAGGCUGAAGCGAUAAUUUUCCUGAAGAAACACCUCGAUGAGAACGUUACUCAUGACUAUGCGAGCAUAGAAGACCCAGCUGAACUGUGGCAAGCUUUAAAAGAAAGGUUCGAUAACCAGAAAGAAGUCAACCUCCCUCACGCUCUAGAAGAGUGGAAAAACCUGAGGUUCCAAGAUUUUCAAAAGGUUGAAGAAUAUAAUUCCACUGUCCUGAGAAUAGUUUCACUCCUGAAUAGUCUUCAGUAUUGUCAUGUAUAA